ACGCAUUUACCAGAUUCAAGAAGGGCAGGGCGCAGGGCGGCUGGCCCCCGCAAGAGGAGAGCUGCUUCUCAGUCUGCUUGUUGUCCUAUCAGAUGAAAUUUAAGAUUGAAUUGUGUGGUUAGUUGGUCUUUACACACAUACUAAAAAAUAGUUUGCAUCCUAAAAACACAGGAGGGAAAAUGUCAGAUCCUGUCGUAGCAGACACUCGCCGGUUGAAUUCCAAACCUCAGGACCUGACGGAUGCUUACGGGCCCCCCAGCAAUUUUUUGGAGAUAGAUGUUUACGAUCCUCAGAUCGUUGGAGUGGGAAGGAACCGUUACACAACUUACGAAGUUCGUAUGAGGACAAACCUUCCUAUUUUCAAAUUGAAGGACUCAUGUGUGAGGAGAAGAUACAGUGACUUUGAGUGGUUAAAGAAUGAGCUGGAAAGAGACAGUAAGAUUGUAGUACCACCUCUGCCGGGCAAAGCCCUGAAGAGACAGUUGCCAUUCCGUGGAGACGAGGGCCUUUUUGAGGAGUCCUUUAUUGAGGAGCGGCGAGUGGGCCUUGAGCAGUUCAUCAACAGAAUUGCAGGUCACCCCUUGGCCCAGAACGAGCGCUGUCUUCACAUGUUUCUGCAGGAGGAGACCAUUGACCGUAACUACAUUCCUGGAAAAGUAUGAAUGAAACAACAGAGACACCUGCGCCUGCUCUAUGUACAAUUAUUUCUACAUCACGUUAUUACAAAGCUGAUGGGGAAUGUGAGACGUCUCCGGAUGUUUGAGAGGAACACAGCUCCUGGACAGAAACCUAAAAUCAAAUGUAUGAAUAAGUUCAUGUGUCUUCAUUCGGUCAUUCCAAAUACUGUAUGUAAAAUUGUUUUGAGUCAGUUAAGGAGAAAGUGCUAUAUAUACUUUAAUCUUUUUUGUUUGAAUUUUUUAAACAAUGAUCAUGCUUUCUAAUAUUUUUCCAGUUAAUUUGAUACAUAUGUCAUUUUCUUAAAUUGGUGUUCUAGCGAUGUUUUCCUGGUAGCCUCCCAAAGUUACGCAACAUGUAGCAUCCUGAAAAAGACAGCAACGUGUCAUUCCAGUCACUAUAUUUUCCCUUUCCUUAAAUUUUGAGGUUAUUUGAAUGCUAUUAAACAGGUUCAAUUAUGUUCACCCUGAUUGUUAGCUACUGAAUCAGAGUGCCUACUUAUUGGCUGAAUGUGGUCAGAUCAGCUAGUGAUAAAGUUAAGUUAGGUAAACACCCAGUAUCUAAGCACUGUGACAAGCGGUUCAUUACAUGAACAAUUCUUUGCCAAGAUGCCAAUUCAGCAUCUGUGGGGGUUUUUUUCUUUGGGGGGGGGAUAUAAGGCUUCAUUUGGUCUAAAUUUUUCUGCUGUUAAAUUCUUCGUCAAUAUUAUUGUGAAGUGUAUUAUUAUUACUACAUGCUGUCAUCACAGUUCCACUUUGGGUGGCGAGGAGCGAUCUUGUUAAUUCUGUCCACCAAUAAAUUUCCUGCUGCCUG